AUUAAAUUAACGUAAUACCAAUAUUUGCAAAUAGUAUGUUUUUUGAAAAUUGUUUAAAAGUUAACGUCUGCAGAAGACGCUGGCAGUGCUUGGCAACUCUGGCAAUGUUUUGACAGUUGGUUAACGCGCGCUCUCUCGUGCUCUCUCUUGGUGCACUCUCUCAAUCAGUGGCUCUCCGCUGCUGAAAAUGUUUCGUGUUGCGUUGUGUCUCGUUCGCAUUGUUUAUAAAACAAAUUAAUUAUAUUUAUUAUUAGUUUAAGUGCUAAAGUGGUUAAAUUCGGUGUGCAAUGUUGUCGCACUCGUUGCCCUAAUGGUUAAGAGCAUAAAUUAUGCUAGCUUGCAGGUCGUCGUCGUCGUGGUCGUCGCAGUCGCCGUCGCGGUCGCAGUCGCCAGCGUUGUCGAUGCCGAAUUCGUCGCGCCUUCAAAUGGAGAAUAUAGAUAUGCGAAAAAUGCUUAAAUAUAUGAUUACAAAUUGAAUAAAAAUAAGCAGAAAGUGGCGUUUAACGUUUAUUAUGUGUGUGCAAAAUUUAUGCAAGUGAAAUGUGUAUGAAAAAGUCGCGCGCAAAGACGUCGCAGACACCAACAGUAGCAACAACAACAACAACAACAACAGCAAGAGCAAAAGCAGCAACAACGAUAACAAGAACAACAACACGGAGAGAGGAAAGUUAGAGUGAGAGCGAGAGAGUAGCGCUGCUCUUGCUAGUCAGCAAAAGCAAAAACCAAAACAACAAUAACAAAACACAAAAUCGAAAUGCGCCUUGACUAAAGGCAACAAAGACUCUAGAAGCUGCGCUCGCUUCCUCCUUCUCCGCACCUUUCCCACCACCCGUCGAAACUUAUUAUACAAAUCAUUAGCAAAUCAAGUUAGAGGGCACCAAUCAAUCACUAAUUCGCCUCACCAGCACUCUUCUGCUUAACGGCUCUACGGCUUUACGGCUUAACCCCUUAACACCCCUGGACACUUGGUCAGCAUGCAGGCAAAGAAACGCUACAUACUCGUCUUUGUCUCGUGCGCAUUUCUCGCCUACUGCUACUUUGGUGGCUAUCGGCUGAAAGUGGCGCCACAUCGCCCGCGUCGCGCCCAACACGAAUCGGCCAAAGAUGGUGGCGUCCAACCCUAUGCUCAGCUGCCCAGCUUCAUGGGCUACGAGCAUCGCAAGCCGCUGUCCAAUGACUCCAAUGCCCCACAGACUGCCAGCAAAAAGAAGCCAGCUGUUGCUGCCGCAUGCCGCAUGGAGACGUGCUUUGACUUCACCAAGUGUUACGAUCAAUUCCUAGUCUAUGUUUACCCGCCGGAGCCACUCAAUUCGCUAGGUGCCGCACCACCGAGUUCGGCCAACUAUCAGAAGAUACUCACUGCCAUACAGGAAUCACGUUAUCACACCAGCGAUCCCGCCGCCGCCUGCCUCUUUGUGCUGGGCAUCGAUACGCUGGACCGUGACUCGCUCUCCGAGGAUUAUGUGCGGAAUGUGCCAUCGCGUCUGGCGCGUCUUUCGCAUUGGAAUAAUGGACGUAAUCAUAUCAUCUUCAAUCUGUAUUCGGGCACCUGGCCAGACUACGCGGAACACUCGCUGGGCUUCGAUGCCGGCGAAGCCAUCUUGGCCAAGGCCAGCAUGAGUGUGCUCCAGAUGCGUCAUGGAUUCGAUGUCAGCAUUCCGUUGUUCCACAAACAGUUUCCGCUCCGUGCUGGCGCCACGGGCUCUGUGCAGUCCAACAAUUUCCCGGCCAACAAGAAGUAUUUACUGGCCUUUAAGGGCAAGCGCUAUGUGCAUGGCAUUGGCUCGGAAACUCGCAACUCGCUCUUCCAUUUACAUAAUGGACGCGAUAUGGUGAUGGUGACGACUUGCCGGCAUGGCAAAAGUUGGCGCGAACUCCAGGACAAUCGCUGCGAUGAGGAUAAUCGCGAAUAUGAUAGAUACGACUACGAGACGUUGCUGCAGAACUCAACAUUUUGUUUGGUGCCACGCGGUCGUCGCUUGGGUUCCUUCAGAUUUCUCGAAGCAUUGCAGGCCGGCUGCAUUCCUGUGCUAUUGUCCAAUGCCUGGGUAUUGCCAUUUGAAUCGAAAAUCGAUUGGAAACAGGCCGCCAUUUGGGCCGAUGAACGGCUACUGCUGCAGGUGCCCGACAUUGUGCGCUCCAUUUCGGCGGAACGCAUCUUUGCUCUGCGCCAGCAGACUCAAGUGCUCUGGGAGCGCUACUUUGGCUCCAUUGAGAAAAUCGUCUUCACAACAUUCGAGAUCAUUCGCGAGCGUCUGCCCGAUUAUCCAGUGCGAAGUCAGCUUGUUUGGAAUACAGCACCAGGCGCGCUUCUUACUUUGCCCACAUUCGCCGAUAGUUCUAGAUUUAUGCCCUUUCAACUGAAUGCGAUGGGUGUGGAGCCGCGUCACAACUACACGGCUGUUAUCUAUGUGCAAAUUGGCGCCGCCCUCGGACCCAAUGCGGCGCUCUAUAAGCUAGUCAGGACCAUAACGAAGAGCCAAUUUGUCGAUAGAAUACUCAUUCUGUGGGCCGCCGAUCGACCGCUGCCAUUGAAGAAACGCUGGCCACCCACUUUCCACAUCCCAUUGCAUGUCAUCGCCUUGGGGGGCAGCUCGCGUGCCGUCGCCGGAUCUCCAACGGCUCAAAGUGGGCCAGAGGCAAGGCCAAGUAUUUCGCAGCGAUUCCUGCCCUAUGAGGAGAUACAGACGGAUGCAGUGCUGUCGCUCGAUGAGGAUGCCAUUCUCAAUACGGAUGAACUAGACUUUGCCUACACGGUGUGGCGAGACUUUCCCGAGCGCAUUGUUGGCUAUCCGGCAAGAGCGCAUUUCUGGGAUGAUUCCAAGAACGCAUGGGGCUAUACGUCCAAGUGGACGAACUACUAUUCGAUUGUCCUAACCGGAGCGGCGUUUUAUCACCGCUAUUACAACUACUUGUAUACCAAUUGGCUGUCGUUGCUGCUAUUAAAGACUGUACAGCAGUCCUCCAACUGUGAGGAUAUCCUAAUGAACCUGCUGGUCUCGCAUGUGACCAGAAAACCGCCGAUCAAAGUGACGCAGCGCAAGGGUUACAAGGACCGGGAGACGGGUCGAUCGCCCUGGAAUGAUCCCGAUCAUUUCAUACAGAGACAAAGCUGUCUCAACACCUUCGCAGCUGUCUUUGGCUACAUGCCGCUCAUACGUUCCAAUUUGCGUAUGGAUCCCAUGCUAUAUCGUGAUCCAGUGUCAAAUCUGCGCAAAAAGUAUCGCCAAAUUGAAUUGGUUGGCAGCUAGCGUUAUGUGCAAAUUGGCAACAGCUACAAACGUUAAGAGUACUGAGACUCCACCCCAAAAAAACCAAAACAAAUACACACACACACACACAGUCACAUACACAUGAUAAACUGCUGUUUAUCGACGCUGCUAAGCGCCGCAAACUAUGUUAAUUAUUAUUAGUAGCAAAAUUAGUUAGGAUUUAUGAAGCGUAUAUCUGUAUAUGUAUAUGUAUGUAACUAAAUAGCAUUCAGCGUUGCAAUGAUAUAUAAACGUAGUUAUAUAUAACAAUCCCAACAAACAUAAACACACACACACAUAGACAGCAGAUUUGUAUAUGUACAUAUAUAAACAAUUAUAAUUCUGAUUAGCCUUAGUUAAGCAAGCGAGGAAAUGCCAUUUUUUGCUAAUUUCAAAUUAGCCUUGCAAAUUUUCGAUAUCUAUAUAUAUAUACGAUAUAUAUAUAUAUAUAUGAAUGCAUAAAUAUAAGUAGAUGAUUUUGUACUGUGUAAAAGCGACGCGUUUGAUUUUUGUAUGUGUAAAUGUUUUGUAUGUCUGCUAAAUGUAAUUGUAAUUGUUGUAACUCUACGAUGUGAAGAUAAUGAACAUGAUAUGAUAUGAAUAUGUAUGUAUAUGUAUAGUUAGUUAGUGUUGUUUCCGAUGUGUGUAUCUGUAGCCAUUCUUUGAUUGACUUGAUUGAUGGCAAAUGUUUAGGCUUAAGCUUGCAAAACGAUAUUCCUUAUCAAUAAUUAUCGAAAUACUUAAGAAUACCAAUGGAAAUUGUGGCCAUUAAACUGCAACAAUAACAACAACAACAACAACAACAACAAAACUCAUUAGCCAUGAUUCAAUGUGCACAAACAAAACGAACUGGAUAAACAACAACAUACAAAUUAAGAAAUAAUUUAUGUUAAUGUCUUUAUUCAGAUUUGUGUAACUGUUUAAGCAAUAAUUUCUUAUAGACUAUGUUUUUGGUUUGUAUUAUUGAAGUGUGCAAUUUCUUUUAUACUGAAGUGAAUUCGAUAAUCUGUAAUUCUGUAAAUCGGAUAUAGCUUUAGCUUACAUAUAUAACGCGGCCAUUUAGUGUAGCAAUCGAUUACCAUUUAUAUACAUAAAUAGUAUAAAUAUGCAAUUCAAUAAGUUCUACGCUCGCAUAUCAAAUGCAUACAUAUGACGGUUUUUGUACUCUAUUUUUGUAGUUUUGGAAAUUCUAUAUUAUUAUUUCAAAUUGUAGCAUAAAUUAAACCGACAUACAUACAUAUUUUUACAAAAAUAUACAAAGCAAUGAAAAACUAACUAUAAUAUUUGUUUUAUUUUAUUGUCAAUUUUGGUUUAUUGUAACAUGAAAUUCGUUUUUAUUAUUAUUGGUUGUUACAAGCGUGCAGGGCAAUAAGAGUAGAAACCUAUACACGCACAUCCCCAAGACACACACACACAGCCAUAUACACAGAGAAGAAAACUACAGCAUACGUAAUAUAGUAUGUAGCGAAAAUGCAAUAAUGUUUAGCCUGAACAUAUCAAUUGAGUUUGCUGGCAACGUUGCUUCCUCACAUGAAAAUCAAAUAAAAUCCAAGAAAAUCUAACUAUAAAAAAAAGAAAUCAGCAAGAGAAGAAUCAUAAAGAUUCAGUGUGGAACGUUGCCGCAACUCUGGACUGCCAAGCAAAUUGUUUAGCAUUUAGCAUUUAUCAUUGCGAAUGCUUAUCAGAGUAAUAGUACAUAUACAAACACAAAUACAAAUGCAAAUACGCAUACACGAAUGCAGUAUGCUAAAUACGUGUGUGAAUGAAAGACAGACAGACGGACAGACGGACAGACAGACAGACAGACAGACAGACAGACGGACGGAGAGACACGAAUGCAAUGAAUGCGCCCUAUCAGCAGGCAUCAGCAUGCACAUAAAUCAAAUAUUUCAAACAUUUUACUGCGUUUACUGCUAAAUAAUAAUCAAAAAUUCCAGGCUGAGGACACCAACACCCAUACUCAGACAUACACACACGUACACACAUGUAUACUAAACAUACACACAUUUCUAUUCAUACAAUUUUUGUACAGUGCGUUUACCUUUUGUAUCUGGGUGUAAAAUAUUUGUAUUAUACGCGUAUUUUAUAUUUGACACUAAACAGUAACAGAAACAGACUAUGUCUCUUUUUAUACAUAUUUAACAAAGAAAAACAAAAACGAAAACGAAAACUAAGGAAACUGACCAAAAUAAAACAAAACUUAAUACACGAAAAAAAAAUACAAAAAUACACAACACAUGAAAUUUAAAGAAAUGCAUAAAUAUUUCGCCUGUCCCUCAACAGUUAUAAUUAAUAUAAAUAAAAAGAAAUAUUACAUACGCAGCUACCAAAAUGUUAAUCAACAAUAUUGCAUAUACAUAUGUAUGUAUGAUUAACAAAACUAAAUUAAAGGAGAAUACAAAAUAUAAAUGUUGUGAUACGAUUAAUACAUACACACACACACACUUAUAUAAAGUAAAUACUCAUAUGAUGUAUUUGCAGCUUUCAGUUGUUCUCGCAUUUCGUUUUACUGUUGGAAAAUGCCAUGUAUUUUCAAUUUAUUACAUUUGCAUUUUAAAGAUAAUUGAGCAUAAUCAAUUAUUUUGCCACAUUUAACACAUGAGAGCCAACCACAAACACACACACACACACUGCGCGCACAAAAUGCGACAAAAAAAAAGAAAACAUUUCAAUUUUUUCCUCACACUUCAUAUGCAGAUUUAAAUGCAGACAUUGAAUCAGUUCUCGAUUGAAAAGAAUGAAAAAUAAAUAAAAAUGAUGAAAUAAACAUUCGAACGUUAAUGGACAUGUGAAUAGGUCUGAGUUCAAGUUACAUUUGCUACAGCUUAUGCAAGUGAAAACUGAAUUGACAUCUAGACAGGCAAAACAUUAAUUUUAUUUUGUCAUUCAAUUUAUUUCAAUGUUGACUUAGCAUUACAAUUUCAAUUUGCGUCCAACGAUAGAAAAGGGCCUAAGAAGUGAGACAAUAACGAGCAAUGAGAGUUAAGAUCCAAGCUAUUAAAAUAGAGGAGCCCAUUUUCACUAAGUUAAUUAGUCGUAGCUUAUGUUUAAUUAGCAAAUAAAUAUUUUGUAUCUAUUCACUUGACCAUCAGCCAUUCCAUUUCCAACACAAUGAAUUUGUGUCACUUUUGCAAUUUGAUUUAAUUACACUUUUUUGUUGUAGUUAUAUAUAGACAUAAACGAGGCAGCAAUUUGAUGUGUCAAAUCAGAUUCCAAUUGGGACAUGCGCCCGAGAGUAGCAA